GUGCUGAGUUUUCACUGCGCUGAGGCUUCGCCGCCGCCGCCGCCUCCCCUUCACUUGGCGAGGUGAAACGAUGCAAUUGCACGCGGUGCGGAGUGUUUAGAGCUGUCGGGGUUGUUUUCUUCUCCCGCACCCGGCUGAGCACAAAGCCAUGGGGUUUAAAGAGCCCGGCGUUCCUUUGACUCUUCUCCUUUGGAUUACCGCUUCCUGGGGCUCCCUGCCCAGCUGCGCUGCUUGGGCUGGAGAAACGGCAGCGGCGGCUCGCCAGCAGGAUGAAUUCUUCGCCACCAGUAUUUAUGGAGCCAGAUGCAGCUCCAGGUGUCUCAGCUUGCAGAUUACACGUAUCUCCGCCUUUUUCAAGCAUUUCCAGAAUAAUAGUUCCUUGGUUUGGUGUCAGAAUCACAAACAAUGUUCAAAGUGUUUGGAACCUUGCAAAGAGUCCUGGUAUCUGAAGAAAAACCAUUGCCAAAAUUUUUGUGAGCCUCUUUUCCCCAGGAAGAACUAUGAAUGUCUAACUAGCUGUGAGUUCCUGAAAUACAUCCUGUCAGUGAAGCAAGGAGAUUGCCCAGCACCUGAGAAGGCCAGUGGCUUUGCAGCUGCCUGUGUUGAAAGUUGUGAGGCUGACAAUGAAUGUUCUGGGGUGAAAAAGUGCUGUUCCAAUGGAUGUGGACAUACAUGUCAAGUGCCCAAAAAUCUUUAUAAAGGUGUUCCUUUAAAACCCAGAAAGGAAUUAAAAUUUAGUGAACUUCAGUCUGGACAGCUGGAAAUUAAAUGGUCUUCAAAAUUCAAUAUCUCCAUUGAACCUGUGCUCUAUGUGAUACAAAGGAGAUGGAAUUAUGGGAUUCACCCCAGUGAAGAUGAUGCAACAAGUUGGCAAACUAUAGCACAGAUCACAGAUGAGAGAUUGCAACUGACUGACAUCAGACCUAGUAGGUGGUACCAGUUUCGGGUGGCAGCCGUAAAUGUGCAUGGAACAAGAGGUUUUACAGCUCCCAGCAAACAUUUUCGCUCCUCAAAAGAUCCAUCAGCUCCACCUGCUCCAACUAAUCUCAGGAUUGCCAACUCUACAGUAAACAAUGAUGGAAGUAUAAAUAUAAGGAUUAUUUGGGAUGUCCCAGAAGAGCCAGAUAUUCCAGUCCAUCAUUACAAAAUCUUUUGGAGCUGGACUGUCAGCAGCAAGGCUGUUGUCCCAACAAAAAAGAAGAGAAGGAAGACUACAGAUGGAUUUCAAAAUUAUGUGAUCCUUGAACAUCUUCAACCCAAUAGUAAUUACAUGGUGGAACUUGAGGCAGUUACAUACUGGGGUCAAAUACGUCUGAAAAGUGCAAAAGUGUCUCUCUACUUUAGUUCUACUCAGACAACUGUCAGCAACAAAGAAUGGACAUCUACCAUUGGUAAAGCCACUGAUGUUUCAUUCUUCAAAAGAAGUAGACUUAAUCGUCUUCUUGAAAUUGGAGUGCCUUUUUUCCAAGAUGACCAACUUCAAGUGAAAGUCUACUGGAAGAAAACAGAAGAUGCAACCAGCAGGGAAGGAUAUCAUGUUCAGUGGUUCCCAGAAUUAUGUUCUUACAACAGUACCGAAGAACCUGAAAAAUUCAAUGAUGUAACAUAUGAAAACUAUAUAAUUCUUCAGAACCUGUCCUUUUCAUGCAAGUAUAAGGUUACAGUUCAGCCAGUAAGAUCCAAUGGUCAGUUGAAAUCUGAAAGCAUUUUCUUUAUGACUCCAUCUUGUUCUGAUCUAAAAGAGAAAAAACACAAGUAUGUAAGCUGUGUGGCUAAAGGAGAUCCUGUUAUUUCAAAAAUAUUGGCAAAACCAGAGAAUCUUUCUGCUGCUUUUAUUGUUCAGGACAUUAAUAUUACAGGCCACUUUUCCUGGAAAAUAUCAAAAACAAAUCUUCACCAACCAAUGACAGGAUUUCAAGUCACUUGGGCAGAAGUCACUACAGAAAGCAGGCAAAACAGCUUACCAAACAGCAUUAUCUCCCAAUCACAAAUAUUGCCAGUAGAUCACCAUAUGUUGACAGUACCCAAUCUAAGACCAUCAACUCUUUACCGUUUAGAGGUUCAAGCAUUAACCACAAGUGGUGAGGGACCAGCUACAAUAAAAUCAUUUCGAACACCCAAUUUGUUGAUAUCACCACAGAGACCUCAUCUGAAGCAGCACCAUCCACAUCACUACAAAUCACCCCCUGAAAAAUACUAAAUUGCCAUAAAUAAUUAAUCAGCUGGAAAACAAUGCGAAGAAGUUCUUGAAAGAAGAUCAGAAAAAUGCACCUUUAUUGAGUUAUGUACAGUACAGUAUAGUAUAUAAUGCAAAGAUCAGCUGUAUUCAUUUAUCAGAGCAUUCAGCAUCUAUUUUCUCUCUGUCUGUCUCUGUCUCUCUCUCUCUCUCACACACACACACAGAUACACACAUAGACAUCAAUUACCUGUUACUGUUGCAUAUGCUACAUGACACCCUGCUUUAUCACUUCCCAUUAAUAUCUUUACAUGCUUUUUAAACAGAUCAGUCCAUCCAAGUUAUCUGUGGCUGCUGCAGGAAAAGCAUAACAACAAUCCCCGUCUAUUUCAUGAUAUAUGAUAUACAUGGCCUAAUAAUAUCUGUUUAAUAGCUGAGUAGAAUUUCAAUAUUCUAUCUAAUUUGCUUUCAGAAAUCCCAUUAAAUGGGGAAAUAUUCCUGUCCAUUUGAUGAAGAAAUAUUAUAUUGUUUCCAUGAAGUAGACACAUUAACUUUUGAGGGUUUCAUUAAGUGGAGAUUGUUUUUCCUGAGUUAUGAAGAAAAAUGAUCAAACUGUUGUUUUUUCCAGAAGUUUUUCAGACUGGGAACUGAAACCAGAUGGAAUACUUAAAGCAACACUACAAUACUAAUUGAAAUGUAAAUAACGUCUGUCUUAUAGCUAGCUGCUACUAGUAUCAUCGAAUAUAUUAUGAAAUGAAUGAAUUUAAGGUGGGGGGUUGAGGUUAAGGACUUUGAACUAGACUUUUACUUUAGAAGAGGUUUGUCAUGUAAGAUCUAGGGCCUUUUUACACCUGGGUGCUUCAAGUUGUUCCAUGACAUUUUGAAACAUAGGGAACUAAAACAGUUUUCCAGCAUUUCUUCUGGACAACUUCUUUCCCUUUACCACUUCCCAUUCUUAUUACCAGGAAUUGCCUCAUGCUAAUUCCUGGGAGUCUUCCUUCUACCAUCAUCUGUGGCCACCAUCUUGGUAUCUCAUAGUCACAUUAAGAAGUAGCUUUCUUGGUUUAUGCAAAUAAUGGCCUAUUAGAGGGCUGGGAUGGUAGAGGAAAUGGAUGUAGGUUUUUGUACAUUCCCACAAGGUAACAAAACGGAACUCUAGCCUGGCAACAUUUAAGUUCUGUAGAAGAAGCUAUUGAUACUGCAAAGUUAUGUCAGAAAGGAAGAGAAACCAGACAUUUUAUAGUUACCCUUUUCAGAACUUGACCACCAAUAAAGAUAUUUCUUUGCAUCCAACAAUAUAGACACUGUAUAUUCCCCCCAGAAGGAGCUUGUUUUUCAUUUCACUAUAGGAAUAUCUUUGGCAAAUAGAAGGAUCCUUAUGUAAUUACUCAGAAAAACUGAAUCCUCGUACAGGGAGAAGAUUGGUGUUGACCAAGUUCAUGAAGUCAGAGUUAUUUUAUUAAAUAAUAAAAUAUUGAUGGCAUCAAUUGAAUUAAGCUAAAUCUGAAAAUUUCCUGCAUCUUUAAAUAAAACUUUAUUGAAUUAUACAAUGAUGGACACACUUUAUUAACUAAAUAGUUACCAUAUGUUUUAACAAUACAGUUUUAGAUCACACUUCAGAUUUAAUUUUUAAUCUUCAUCUUGUUUAUUAGAAAAAAGUAGCAUCCUGUAUUCUUAGAGGGACUAUUUCUCCAUUACAUGCUUUAAUGUAUAUCAAGUGAAGGGAAAAACAAUGCUGUCCAUAACCACUGCAGUAAAAAAAUUAAAGGACUGCGACACUUUUUUGCAUACAUUUUUAAUCAAUAACAAGACAUGUUAUUUUUUAAUU